UCAAACAUGGCGCUGUACGGAGCAGUGGUCCGACGUGUUCUCUUUUAUUACCUGUAAACUAUGAUCUGAAAACGAGACAUCGAAAAGAUCCAACAAAAAAACGGAAGACACUCCAGUCAUAUCGGACCAGCCUGUCUUGGCAUCGGUAAAGUAAAAUGCCUUCUCCUAAAGCGCGGAACAGUGCUGGGCGCAGCGGCAGUGUCCCGUCUCCCGGCGGUGGAAACGGACGCUAUGAGUUCAAUGCUCUGAACCGAACUCCUCAGCACCUGCUGCAGAGACAGGGUUCCGAUCCCACAUCGGCCAGGCUCCGAGCCUCCGAGAGCCCCAACCGACGACGGGGCUCGGGUUCAUCUACCUCCUCCACCGGUGCACAGCAGUUACCAGAGGAGGACUGCAUGAAAUUAAACCCUUCUUUCAUCGAGAUUGCGCUCAGCUCUCUGCUGGCUAUCGACCUGUGGCUGUCGAAGCGGCUCGGUGUGUGCGCUUGUGAGGACUCGUCCUGGGGCAGCGUGCGGCCGCUCAUGAAGCUCAUCGAGAUCUCCGGCCACGGGAUUCCAUGGCUCGCCGGUGCCGCGUACUGUCUGUAUAAAAGCGACAGUAUCGCCGGUCAGGAGGUCAUGCUUAACCUGCUCAUGGCCUUGGUUCUGGAUCUGGUGCUGGUUGGUGUGGUCAAGGCAGCGGUGCGACGCCGACGUCCUACCCAUAACCAAAUGGACAUGUUUGCCACUUUCUCUGUGGACCGCUAUUCCUUCCCAUCAGGCCAUGCCACACGUGCUGCAAUGUGUGCCCGUUUUCUAUUGGCACAUCUGGUGCUGGCUGCCCCACUCCGGGUGCUUGUUCUGCUCUGGGCGUCUUUUGUUGGUUUUUCUAGGGUUCUCCUCGGACGCCAUAAUGUGACAGAUGUUGCGUUUGGUUUCUUCAUGGGUUACUGGCAGUAUAAUUUGGUUGAGAUGCUGUGGUUGUCACCACUAAUGUUUCAAGGCAUGAUCGGACAGCUCGCCUGAGAAGUUGUAAGAACUUGAGAUGGGACUAGAUUUUUUGGGGGGAUCUAGACUAAAUCGGUGUUUGGUGCAAUUAAUUCCAUGUUGUCAUUCUUAAUUGUUUCAUAUGUCUGCUAACUAAAAUGUAAAAUAUUAUCCAUCUUCCAGCAAUGUUCAGGGUUUUUAUGAAGUUAUGUUCUGUCAGAAAUCUGCAGUUGAUUGUCAGAGAGUGGUAUGAAGGGUCUUAUGUUCUAUCACUCAUCACUGUCUUCCUCUCUUUUUCAAUUUUUUGGCUGACCACUGUUGAUUGGAUCAUUUGUGACUAAUUUGAAAAACAGGUGUAAAGAGGGAACAUUUGCUGUUUGACAUCUAUGGGGUCCAUUUUCAUCAAACAUCAGCCAGAGUUGUAUCUCUAAUUAAUAUGAAAAACUCUUCUUAGGUGAAUAUUUAAAUAAGCAAAGAAAGAUAUGAAACAGAGGGCUGAAUUUUACUGCGGCAUCAAUACCUUAAGGGUAUGUGGUGUACUCAAUAGAUAUUCACAGGGGAGUUGUGAUUGAAGUUCUGUUGAAUUUCGUUUAUUUACGGGUUGUAUAAGGCUGCUUUGAUACAGUUUUUUUGUUGUCCUGUGGAAUGUUAUCUGUUGUGUAGUGUGAUUUCUGGAUUUAAUGCUUUUCUUUGUUCUGUAAUGUUUUCUCUCAAAUGAAUGUAGCCCUGCAUUAUUGUGACAAUGCCAAAAGAUAUUGCACUUUUAAACACAAUCUUUUUCAACCGUGGUGUACAUCAAAUGUAGUUAAUGUUUUCUGGGGUUUUUUUAGAGGUAAAGUCUCAGCUUUGAUUAUAGAGCCAUAAAUUGCAUGGUAUGCAGCAAAACUGUAGCCACUCAUCACAGGAGAAUCAUUAUGACUGUUUAAAAGUUUUACAUAGGCCUUCAUGGCAUCAUGAUGGCUGUUACUUUCACCAAAGUCACAGAAACACCUCUAUAACUAAAUUGCACAAUCUGUACAGUGAUGGUACUAAUGGCACUUUGAUAUAUAUAUAUAUAUACAUAAUUGUACCAAGUGUAUCUACAAAGGUAUUUAAGAUAUGUUAACAUGUGCAAAAAACAUGGAUAUAUCAUUGUAUACCAUCACUCUUUUAUAACAUUCUUGUUGUUUUAUUAUUGUUAAAUUAGUACUCAUGGUAAAAGGGAUUUUUUAUUUUAUAGUGUGUCGGAUUCCAGAGCAUGUUUCUAACCCGAAAAUAACCAACAGGUUUUUUUACUCCUGAAGAAUGUGUAUGGACAGUAACAGACUCAAGUUUGUGUGUGAAAUAUGAUUUGAAGUUAAACUCAAUGCUGGAAAAAAUUAUUUACAGUAUGUAACGGAUCAAACAUGAUAUCGACUUAUCAUUUGGCACGCUGUUCCUCUGUGGCAUUCGUUUUUCAAUCCACACCACGUUUUUUUGUCUCUUUGAGGGCUCAUGACUUCAAAAUAUAUAAGUAAUAAGUUUCUUGUGAUGUUUGUGGGAGUCUUCACUGUGUAAAGAGAACCAUCUACAUCAUUCUUUUCCUGUGCAAUAAUUUGGUUGUUUCAUAAAAGUGCAGCCAUUGUCAUUUGUGCAAUAUAACAAUAUACAAGACAAAUGGGAACAAAAAAAGAAUGCUGUAUUUAAAUUGCAAUAAUGUGAUGUUCUGGUGCUGUGUUUGUUUGCUAGAGACCAUGCAUAUUAGCCUUUUAUACGUGUAGUUAAGGGAGGGGACAUUUUUAUGUUUAAAGUCUUAAGUGGUUUCACCAACUAUUACACUACAAAUAAUCUCACAUUUGACCAUUGCUGUCCAAAGUGGCAAUGUAACUUCAUGCUUAUGUGGUAGAUGCUAUGAUUGUUUACUAUAUUUGUGAUGUAAAAUAUACUCUACAUUGAUAAUAACGUGAUUGUAUUUUUUAAAUAAAUAUAACAAUUUCAUUGCGUUGAUUCUUUUGAAAUUUUGCCCCAUAUAUUUACACUUUGAGAAUAAAAGAACAAUUUGAACCCA